AUGCCUAAAGAAGCGUACAACAUUUCCUAUUGCGAUCCGUGCUAUCCCCAAUUCUGUUGCGUCCCGGUCACGGUGUGUCCCAACGUCGAAAAGCGAUGUCCCAUAAGGCCAGUUCGAGUCCCCGUAGUCCCGGAAUCGGCCUGCCUGACCCCGUUGAUGAUCCCGUGGCCUUGUUGCCAGCCUUGCCCCGCUGGAUACCUACAAUCACCGCCUCCAAGGCCAUUUUUACCGUGUACUAAUUGUGUGACCGUUACGCAACCCUGUCCACCUUGUGCUACUUGUGAUCCGUGUUGUAUCCCGUUCCCGACUUGCGGACCCUGUCCCCCUUGUUCCCCGUGCUCCCCAAGCCCGUGUCCCGCACCUCCUUGUGCUAUUUAAAAUGACUGAAUAAAAG